GAAAGAGAAUAGUCCGUCAGAUUGCAAAACGGGUUGUGAAGAUCCUUGCUGACUGAAGAGCCGUAGCCACUGACAUCUGAUUUCAGACGUUUCUGGGAUAGGCAUGGACAACAAUCACCAAGACAAGAUGGAAAGUCUAUACACGCCAGCCAGAGCAUCACCAACUCCUGAUGCAGAAUCGAUUAAAAGAGCCAGGAAUUUGAUUAAAACAUACUCGGAGUCUUUUGGGAGUUAUGUGGAGGGGAUAGUUCGAGACGACUCGAAUAACAUACAAUCUUUGAGCAGCGUCCCUCUCUUGAUGCGUAAUUUUGGAAACAUGGACACCGUAACCUGCGCACCUGGCUCGGGUAGUGACAGUGAGAUUUGGAAAGACUUUGUUGUUCCCGGGAACUCUGUGGGAAGCAAAGACACCUGUGGUCAUGUUGAAAUAUCCACCAAAGCCGAAAAUUUGUCUUGGGCUGCCGCGCCCUUAAGUAGAGAAGAAACCCUCGCGAAAGGAACUGUUACGGUCCCAGCGACUGUGCCUAAAGAAAGUUUUACCGCAACAUCAAACAAUUCUUCAGCCAGUGGAAUCUCUAUUAAAGAUGAACAACAAUCUUUGCUCAAAAUGGAACCACAGUCUUCUGACUUCUGUCCUUAUACAGCAAAUAUACCGAAAUUGAAUCCAUCUUAUCUGACCAAUACUGCGAGUACGAAACAACUUGGAUAUGGCGAACAGCCGGACACUUCAGCGCACUCCUCUCCACCUGCUCAGAAGAUUGUUUUAGAUACUGCUCGAUACUCGGCCGAUUUAGGUUCGGAUAACCCUUUACCGCAAGCGACAAAUAUCAAAACAGAUCCUUGUAGUAGUUUCUCUUCUUUCGUUGGAGAAGGGAUCCUUACUAGGGCAUCUAUGGGGUACUCACAGCAAGCGCUCCAGACAUUGCCGGUGCACAAGAGUGAACCGUUCAGGUUGUCUGCUUCGAGCGCGCCCGCGGAUUCUCCGUUUUGGUGCCAAUCCACAGGUCCUUCUGAGGAUCAUCAUCUGCAGAUUGACUAUCUAUCUCCCGCUGGACUCCACAACACAUGCAAAUACAGUUCCACGAACGCGUACAGCUCCUAUUUAGGUGUGCUGCCCCAGAGGGUGUGCGUCAUCUGUGGGGAUGAAGCAUCAGGCUGUCACUAUGGUGUCCUCACCUGUGGCAGCUGUAAGGUGUUCUUUAAGAGGGCAGUGGAAGGCCAUCAUAACUACUUGUGUGCUGGACGGAAUGACUGCAUCGUGGACAAGAUCCGUAGGAAAAACUGUCCUGCUUGUCGCCUCAGAAAGUGCUACCAGGCGGGAAUGAUACUGGGAGGUCGGAAGCUGAAGAAGUUGGGGGCUCUGAAGGCAGCAGGGCUGACCCAGGCCCUGGUGGCCCACUCACUGACUCCUCGGAGACUCUCUGGUGACAGCCAGGCCCUGAUGCCCCUGGGCUGCCUUCCAGGGGUCCGGGAGCUGCACCUUUCCCCCCAGAUCAUCAGCGUGCUGGAGAGCAUUGAGCCUGAGGUGGUGUACUCUGGUUAUGACAACUCCCAGCCUGACAUGCCCAAUAUGCUGCUCAACAGCCUCAACCGCUUAUGUGAGAGGCAGUUGCUGAGGAUUGUCAAGUGGUCCAAGUCUUUACCAGGUUUUCGCAGUUUACACAUCAAUGACCAAAUGGCUCUGAUCCAGUACUCCUGGAUGAGCUUAAUGGUAUUUUCUUUGGGUUGGCGGUCUUUCCAAAAUGUCACCAGUGAAUACCUGUACUUUGCACCUGACCUCAUUCUCAACGAAGAGUAUAUGAGGAGGUCUCCAAUAUUUGACCUGUGCAUGGCUAUGCAAUUCAUCCCUCAAGAGUUUGCCAAUCUCCAGGUGACCAAGGAGGAGUUUCUGUGCAUGAAGGUCUUGCUGUUGCUCAACACAGUGCCUCUGGAGGGGUUGAAGAGCCAGCCACAAUUUGAUGAGAUGAGGCAGAAUUACAUCCAUGAACUCACCAAGGCCAUUCACCUGCGAGAGAAUGGUGUGGUCGCCUGCUCCCAGCGUUUCUACCACCUGACCAAGCUGAUGGACCACAUGCAUGACAUUGUGAAGAAGCUCCACCUGUACUGCCUGAGCACUUUCAUUCAGGCAGAUGCCAUGCGGGUAGAGUUCCCCGAGAUGAUGUCAGAAGUCAUCGCCUCCCAGCUGCCUCGGGUGCUCGCUGGAAUGGUGAAACCCCUUCUUUUUCACACCAAAUGAAGCCGCAAAUUUCACACCACCAGAAAACCACAAAGCACCAUGGGAGAUCAAAGCAAUUUCUCAUUGGAGCUCAAUUUUAAAUACUACAAUAUUAAAGAGAUGAAACUAGGGAAAUUUUCCAUAAACACUCAGUAAAAGCCUGUCAACCCCACAGCUUGUAAAAAGAAUAUCUGUUUGUGCAUCUCAUUUUUCAAUGCUUCACCGUUUCCCAAAUGAUUAAACUUUUUAGAAAAUAUGAGGUAGCUGAAUUUCUCAAUGAAAAUAGAAAAAUACUGUUUUUAAGCUUAACACUAUUAGUACUGUGCCAUGCUUAGUUAACAUUUGUUGAUUGAAAUGGGGCAUGUAGAAUGAUAAAUCUCAAAUUAAAAUCUGUUUUA